AUGGAAACUGCUGAAUCUUUCAGACUCAGUAGCUUAAGGCUAAGCAGUUCCAACUUAUGGACAAACACAGUCGUGGAAGAAUUUUCGAGGUCUACACGAGAGGAAGAAGACGAAGAAGCAGCACUAAAAUGGGCUGCUUUAGAGAGACUUCCAACAUUCAAACGUCUGAGAAUUGGCAUACUAGAAGAAGAAGAGGGUGAGAAAAGAGAGAUUGAUGUGAGAAAGCUUGGACCUUUAGAGAAAAGGAGUAUCGUAGAGAGGUUGAUCAAAACUGCAGAGGAAGAUAACGAAAGUUUUCUUUUGAAGUUCAGAGAACGCAUUGACAGAGUCGGUAUUGAGCUUCCAACUAUUGAAGUUCGCUUUGAGCAUCUAAAUGUUGAAGCAGAAGCUUAUGUUGGCAGUAGAGCACUGCCUACAAUAUUCAACUACUCAGUAAAUAUGUUUGAGGGAUUCCUAAAUUAUCUCCAUAUCCUUCCGAAAAGAAAGAAACCCUUUCUGAUCCUCCGUGAUGUCAGUGGAAUUGUUAAACCUGGAAGAAUGACACUGCUCUUAGGCCCUCCAAGUUCAGGGAAAACCACACUAUUGCUAGCUCUGGCAGGAAAACUUCAUUCUGAUCUCAAAGUUUCUGGAACUGUGACAUACAAUGGCCACGCAAUGAAUGGGUUUGUUCCUCAAAGAUCAUCAGCCUAUAUAAGUCAGCAUGAUCUUCAUAUAGGAGAACUAACAGUGAGGGAAACAAUAGCCUUUUCUGCAAGAUGCCAAGGAGUUGGACCUCGUCAAGAAAUUGGGGCAGAACUUUUGAGAAGAGAAAAGGAAGCAAAUAUUAAGCCAGACCCUGAUCUUGAUAUAUAUAUGCAGUCAUUAGUCCUCAAAGGGCAAGAGGCCCAUGUUGCAACUGAGUAUGUUCUGAAGAUUUUAGGACUUGAUGUCUGUGCUGAUACACUGGUGGGGGAUCAAAUGAUACGAGGGAUCUCCGGAGGACAAAAAAAACGUGUGACAACAGCGGAAAUGCUGGUCGGACCAGCUAAGGCACUAUUUAUGGACGAGAUAUCUACUGGUUUGGACAGUUCAACAACUUUUCAGAUAGUGAAUGCAAUCAAUCAAUUCAUCCACAUUCUCGGAGGAACUGCAGUCAUCUCCCUCUUACAGCCUCCACCAGAAACUUAUGAGUUAUUUGAUGACAUAAUUCUGCUAUCAGACGGUGAAAUUGUGUAUCAGGGGCCCCGUGAAGAUGUACUUGAAUUCUUUGAAUACAUGGGUUUCAAAUGCCCUGAGAGAAAAGGAGUUGCUGAUUUCCUUCAAGAAGUAACUUCGAAGAAAGAUCAAGAACAAUACUGGAUACGCAGAGAUGAGCCUUACAAUUUUGUUUCUGCUAGACAAUUCUCAGAAGCAUUUCAAUCAUUCCAUGUUGGAAGUAAACUACAUGAUGAACUUACCGUUCCUUUUGAUAAAUCAAAAGGGCAUCCUGCUGCUCUGACAACUGAAAAGUAUGGAGUUGGCAGGAUGGAGCUUCUGAGGGCCUGUGCAUCCAGAGAAUUCCUACUCAUGAAGAGGAAUGCAUUUGUCCACAUAUUCAAGAUGGCACAACUUAUUUUGAUUGCAAUGAUCUUCAUGACUAUAUUUCUGCGAACUGAGAUGCACAAAAGUACCAUAACAGAUGGUGGAAUUUACAUGGGGGCCCUGUUUUUCACUUUAUAUGCAAUCAUGUUCAAUGCAUUCUCAGAGCUUUCCCUCAGUAUUUUGAAGCUUCCUGUUUUCUACAAGCAACGAGACCUUCUCUUCUUCCCUGCAUGGGCAUAUUCUAUUCCUACGUGGAUCCUCAAGUUCCCAAUUACACUUGUUCAAAUUGCCAUUUGGAUAUCUUUGACUUAUUACGUUGUAGGAUUUGAUCCUGAUGGUGGAAGGUUUUUCAGACAGUUUAUUCUUCUCAUCUGCAUUCACCAGAUGUCCUUAGGACUCUUUCGCUUUAUGGCUGCACUAGGAAGAGACAUGAUAGUUGCAAACACCUUUGGAGCAUUCACAAUACUUGCUGUACUUGUCCUAGGAGGAUUCAUUCUAUCAAGAGAUGACAUCAAAGGUUGGUGGAUAUGGGGUUACUGGAUCUCACCUUUGAUGUACGGGCAGAAUGCUAUUUCUGUAAAUGAAUUUCUAGGAAACAGUUGGAGACAUGUUCCUGAAGGUUUCAGGGAGCCACUAGGUGUUUCAGUCUUAAAGUCUCGUGGUGUUUUUCCAGAAGCACGGUGGUAUUGGAUAGGAGUAGGAGCCGUUUUUGGAUAUGUGUUCCUCUUCAAUUUCCUGAACACUUUGGCUCUUACAUACCUCAACCCAAUCGGAAAACAUCAGGCGGUACUAUCUUUGGAAGAAAAACCAAACAAAGUCAUCUUCCUGUUGCUAGAUCUUGUAUCUUCUAACGCAUUCAAUCCAACCAAUGCAGAAACCAGUACAGAUGCUCCAAAAAGCAUGUCAUCCAGGUUGAAGUCUCCUGGAAUAGGCAAUCCUGAUGAAGGUGAUAGAAGCAAGAAGAAGGGAAUGGUUAUUCCCUUUGAACCUCUUGCUAUGACCUUCAACGAUUUAAGAUAUGCAGUAGAUAUGCCGCAGGAAAUGAAAACUCGUGGUAUAUCUGAGGAUCGGCUACUUCUCUUGAAGGGUGUCAGUGGAGCUUUUAGACCAGGGAUUCUAACAGCUUUAAUGGGCGUUAGUGGGGCUGGAAAAACUACCCUGAUGGAUGUAUUAGCCGGUAGAAAAACAGGAGGAUAUAUUGAAGGAACAAUUACUAUAUCAGGUUAUCCAAAGAAACAAGAAACAUUCACUCGUGUAGCAGGAUACUGUGAGCAAUUUGACAUUCACUCUCCUCAUGUUACUGUCCACGAGUCCUUGCAAUACUCAGCAUGGCUUCGACUGCCUCCUGACAUCGAUGCUGAAGCCAGAAAGUCAUUCAUUGAAGAAGUCAUGAAGCUCGUGGAUCUGACUCCACUUAGAGAAGCACUAGUUGGUUUGCCAGGAGUAAAUGGUCUUUCAACUGAGCAACGAAAGAGGUUAACUAUUGCGGUUGAACUAGUGGCCAAUCCAUCCAUAAUAUUCAUGGAUGAGCCAACUUCAGGGCUGGAUGCAAGGGCAGCUGCCAUAGUGAUGAGAACAGUAAGAAACACGGUUGAUACAGGCCGAACUGUUGUGUGCACUAUCCAUCAGCCAAGCAUUGACAUCUUUGAUGCUUUUGAUGAGCUGAUUCUCCUAAGACGAGGAGGAGAAGAAAUAUACGUUGGCCAACUAGGACGCCAUUCAUUUAAUCUCAUCAAAUACUUUGAGGGGAUUAAUCGAGUCAGCAAAAUAAAAGAUGGUUAUAACCCCGCGACUUGGAUGUUGGAGGUGACAUCAAUUGCACAGGAAGCAGCUCUUGGAAUUGAUUUCGCACAGCUGUACAAGAACUCUGAACUGUAUAGGAGGAACAAAGCAUUAAUAGAGGAACUGAGUAAACCUGCCCCUGGUUCUAAAGAAUUAUACUUCCCUACUCAGUAUCCCCAGCCCUUUUACAGCCAAUUCCUUGCUAGCCUCUGGAAGCAGCACUGGUCAUACUGGCGAAAUCCACGAUACUCAGCAGUCAGACUUUUUUACACAGUAAUCAUUGCCUUAAUGUUUGGAACAAUAUUCUGGGAUCUUGGCACUAAAAGGAAAAAAAGACAAGAUCUCUUUAACGCAAUGGGCUCCAUGUAUGCGGCCGUUCUGUUUAUCGGUAUACUAAAUUCUACAUCAGUUCAACCAAUUGUAGCCACUGAGAGAACAGUCUUUUACAGGGAAAGAGCUGCCGGAAUGUAUUCGGCUGUGCCACAUGCUCUUGCACAGAUGGUGAUUGAGCUGCCUUACAUUCUCGUUCAAGCAUUCAGCUAUGGAGCUAUUGUAUAUGCAAUGAUUGGCUUCGAAUGGACAGCUACCAAGUUCUUUUGGUAUCUGUUUUUCAUGUAUAUUACCUUGUUAUACUACACAUUCUAUGGGAUGAUGUCAGUGGCGGUAACACCCAACCAGAAUAUUGCUGCAGUAGUUUCAUCAGCCUUUUACGCAAUAUGGAACCUUUUCUCAGGAUUUAUAAUUCCUCGAACGAGAAUUCCAGUGUGGUGGAGGUGGUACUAUUACCUCUGUCCUGUCUCCUGGACUUUGUAUGGCUUAGUUGCUUCACAAUUCGGAGACAUAAAAGAGGAGCUUGAUACAGGUGAAAGAGUGGAAGACUUCAUUAGGAGCUACUUCGGAUUCAGACAUGACUUCUUGGGUUAUGUUGCAGUAAUCAUUGUUGGAUUUGCAGUGCUUUUCGGCUUCGCAUUUGCCAUCUCCAUCAAGCUAUUUAACUUCCAGAAAAGGUAA